CUUUAAGCUGGCGCACUGGGCGCUGAAAAUUUGGCGGUGACGGCGAUUUUUUCAUUUCUGCCAAAUCGCAUCCUGUAUUUGGUCUGCCCCUCCAGUCUCGCAGUUUCCGACCUUCACAUCCCCAAAACAACGACCCUUUUUUUUCCUCUUCGUUUCUUUCUCUGGUUUAUAACCAGAUCCGAAUCAUAGCCAGAAUGAGCGGUGACAAGAUGGAAGUCGAGAUUGCCGAGGAGAAGAUGAAGGGCAUGGAGCACAGUGAGCAGCACUACUUCAAGAGCUACGACCACCAUGGCAUCCACGAGGAGAUGUUGAAAGACGAGGUGCGCACACGAUCGUACAUGAACGCCAUUAUCCAGAAUAAGCACAUCUUUAAGGAUAAGGUUGUUCUGGAUGUUGGCUGUGGUACUGCCAUCCUCUCCAUGUUCGCCGCCAAGGCUGGCGCCAAGCAUGUCAUCGGUGUCGACAUGUCCACCAUCAUCUUCAAGGCCCGUGAGAUCGUCGAGACCAACGGCCUGUCCGAUAAGAUCACCCUGCUCCAGGGCAAGAUGGAGGAGGUUGAGCUCCCCUUCCCCAAGGUUGACAUCAUCAUCUCUGAGUGGAUGGGAUACUUCCUCCUCUACGAGUCCAUGCUCGACACCGUUCUCUACGCCCGAGACACCUACCUCCAGAAGGAUGGCCUCAUCUUCCCCGACAAGGCCACCAUCUUCUUCGCCGGUAUUGAGGAUGGCGAGUACAAGGAAGAGAAGAUUGGCUUCUGGAACGAUGUCUACGGCUUCGACUAUACUCCCCUGAAGGCCACGGCUCUGUCCGAGCCCCUCGUUGAUACCGUCGACAUCAAGGCCGUCGUAACCGACCCCACCCCUGUCCUCACCCUCGAUCUCUACACUUGCACCGUUGCCGACCUGGCCUUCUCCACCAAAUUUAACUUGACCGUCAAGCGUGACGACUUCAUCCACGCCCUUGUCUCGUGGUUCGACAUCGACUUCACCGCCUGCCACAAGCCCAUCCGCUUCUCCACCGGCCCCCACACCAAGUACACUCACUGGAAGCAGACCGUCUUCUACUUUGAGGACGUCCUUACCGUCCAGGACGGCGAGCAGGUCGAGCUCAGCCUCGACGUCCGCCCCAAUUCUAAGAACAGGCGCGACCUCGACAUCCGGAUCGCCUAUGAGCUCGAGACCCAGGACGUCACCCGGGCCUCCAAGGGCGACAGCGAGUACCGGAUGUGUUAAGUGCCCUGCAGCACUUCUAAUGACGGAACGACGGUAACCCAUGACGACGCCGCAAGGAGAGGCGUCCGAGGAGAUUUUAUCUAAAUCGGGACAUCAGUACAAGGCGGCUGGCGUCUUUGCAACUUAAACGUGGGUCAACUUUUUGGUAGAUAAAACGCGAAGGAUGGUGGCUGGUUGACGACCCGUUAUGAGUGAUACCACAAAACAGCACUCCGGCUACCUAGUCAAUAGAUCAUUUUCUUGAGCUGUAUAGAGCGUCUUUGAGACUUCUCAUCAACAUGUGCAUCAUUUGCUUGGCGUCUGCGUAGAAGUUGCUGGUGCACCGUAAAACUUCAAGUUCAAGUGAAGGAGGC